AUGCGUGAGCGCAAAUCUUUGUGGCUAGUAGAUUACUCUGUACUCAAUGAACAUAUCUUCAAGUCUCAGCCUCUUUCGCCCCUGCCAUUAUUUCCUGGCUUCGUGCCAUACUCGCCCGCGAAAACCAAGGAAACAAUGCUAAUUGGUCUAUGUGGAGGAAUCUGCUCCGGAAAGCAUGCUGUGGCAGAAUAUCUUAUCCAACAGCAAAAUUUUCGGCGUCUUGAAGUGACGACAAGCGCUCCUCCGCAAUUUGCUAGCGACCCUCGACUUCAUUUCUCUGACGCAACCAAUAAUACAUCUGGCGGAGAGCCAUCUUUAGUAUUUGAGAACUUCGGGUCGCUGAUCGAUUUUGCAACAAAGAGAUGGCAGGAACGCUGGGUGACUACGAAUAUUGGGGACGCCUCCACGGUAGAUCGCUUUCUACAACGCCCAUUUUUUCUUUUGGUGAGCGUUGAUGCCCCAGUCAGUCUACGAUGGCAACGUUUUGCGAACAGAUGCCGAAGAAGGCGACUUGAUCCUCCUAGCCUAGAAGAAUUUGUUCUCUGGAAUGAUAAGCAGUUGUACGAAAAGGACAUCGGCCGCGCCUUUCUAACUGACCGAGCACAAGUUCGCCUCUUCAAUUCAUCAUCUUCACUGGAAAAACUGCAUGCUGCUCUCAAGGCGCUUAAUUUGGCCGAUGAACAACGACUGCGGCCUAACUGGGACCAGUAUUUCAUGGAACUCGCUUCCCUCGCCGCACAGAGGAGCAACUGCAUGAAAAGACGAGUAGGCUGUGUCCUUGUCCGAGAACGUCGCGUCAUCAGCACUGGCUACAAUGGAACUCCACGGCAUCUGAAAAACUGCAACGAAGGCGGAUGUAUGGUCCAAGGUGCAAUCGCGGCGAAGGCGGAGGCGUCGGCCUGUCAACAUGCCUCUGUCUCCACGCUGAAGAAAAUGCUUUGUUAGAAGCCGGAAGAGAGCGCAUACGGGAGGGUGCAAUAUUAUAUUGUGACACAUGUCCGUGUUUGACCUGCACAGUUAAGAUUGCGCAGGUGGGAAUUUCGGAGGUAGUAUACUCACAGGGUUAUAACAUGGACAGUGAGAGCGCAGCUAUUCUCGCGGCAGCUGGAAUCCGCCUCCGGCAGUUUUCUCCACCCCGAAAUGGUCUAAUUUACCUUGAAGAACCCGACAGAGGAGAAUGGUAGGAACCCUUUUUUUUUUUCGGUUAGUAUCAACAAAUAUAACUUGUCGCGGCAGG